AUGCAAAACAACCCCGAGGUUCUCUCCCGACUCGCUCAUAAUCUUGGCAUUUCCGACGCGCUGACUUUCCAUGACAUCUUCGACAUUCAAAGCGAUGAAGCACUUCAUUCUCUCCCUCGCCCUGUGAAUGCCCUGGUAUUUCUCUGUGUCUCGCCAAUAUUUAAUCCCGUUCGCUCCAAUCUAGCAUCCUCUCUACCUUGCUAUACUGGACAUGGCUCUUCAGAACCGAUUCUCAGGGUAAAACAGACUAUUGGAAAUGCCUGUGGUCUUAUGGCUCUUUUACAUUGUUUGUUAAAUCUUGAUGACGGGAGAUAUGUUACUGCGGGAUCCAAACUCGAUGAAUUACGAAAAACAGCCGUCCCUCUUCCCCCACCAGAGAGGGCGCAGUUACUUUACGAUUCUAAAUUCCUGGAGGAGGCACAUAUGGAUGCUGCAGUAACAGGAAGCACUCAUGUUCCGACUGCACAGGAUAAAGUCGAGGGCCAUUUCAUGGCUUUUGUGAAGGAUGUCCGAGGCAAGGUGUGGGAGCUGAAUGGGUCUCUCCCCGGGCCGGUGGAGAGGGGCGUUCUUGUAGCGGAUGAAGAUUUACUCAGUCAGAAUGGCAUACAGAUGACAAUUUUGGAUUUUAUCGAGACAUCAAAGACGGUGGAGGGGGGUUGGGGAAUUUCCAUAGUGGGUUUGAAAAACCUCCUCCUCUACUACCUCCCCUCUCUAUUCUCACUCUCCCCCAAAACCAUUACCCCUCGUCGCACUCCAAAGUACAUGCCUACGUCCGCCAAACCACCGCCCAACAUCACCACGAUAGGCACAGUCUCGUCGCCAAACUCUCCCCCCCCCAGCUCCCCUCUUAGCAUCAUGCAAGUCGCAGCAGAAUGCAAAGACCACAUGGCAGCGGAGAUCGACACCACCGGUGACGCGCUCAGCUUUCUCAUGUGGGAGCUCUCCCAGCCACAACAUGCUACUCCAAAAUCGUCCUCACGAUGA